AUGGCCGAGCAAGGCGGGGCGGCCGGCUCUCCCCGCGGCGCGGUUGGAGCGGGGCUGUGGAGCGGAGCUGCUGAGUGCCACCAUGUUCCAGGGCGCUGAGGCCGAGGCGGCCAAGCCUAGCUCCAGGGUAUUGAAGCCCCCAGGGGGAGAUUCUAGUAAUCUCUUUGGGAGUACAGAAGAAGUGUCUUCUUCAAGCAGGCCACACCGGAUGGCAUCCAAUAUCUUUGGAGCAUCAGAAAAACCUCAGAACAUUCCAAAAAGAACAAACCCUCCAGGAGGAAAAGAAAGUGGCAUUUUUGAGGACUCUACUUCUGCUCAGCCUCGUCCACGCUUGAAUCCACCUGGUGGGAAGACAAGUGAUAUCUUUGGGUCUCCUGUCUCUCCCAGCAUUGUGCGAGCACACCCGAACAAACCCAAGGAUCACAUUGUCUUAAAAGAAGAGGAAAUACCAAAGAAACUAGAAGAAAAUACCAAACCACAGCUGGAAGACGGAGGCGAAAAAAAGGCUCUGGGCAAAGAGGAGCAAUGCAAGGAGCCAGAACCCAAGACAGACAAUCACGAACCGCGACUAGGGCCAAGGCCACGCUCGCACAACAAAGUCCUCAAUCCACCAGGGGGGAAAUCCAGCAUUGCGUUCUAUUAGGGUCAUCAUGUCACUGUCACUUAUGGAAAAGUCUUGUCUAUGCCGGUGAGGUCAGUUUAUACACUAUUGCUUGUGAAUAGAUUCUUAGGCAAAUGGAUGAGGGUUAUGUUAGAGCAUGAAGAAAGGGUAACCUGGUGAUUUGGGGAGGGAAUGGGUGCCUUGUGGAAGAUGUGAGUACUGGCCUGCCUGGGUGGGUGGCAGAGCCAGACAUUAGUGUAACUUUGUGAAAAAGCAGUGCUACUUAGUGGUAAGUUCCUCAGACUGUUAGAUUCUUAGCUAGCUUGUGGCUCAGGAGGCUCUUGGGGAAUCAGGCUUCCAUAAAGUCAACAUGUCAAACAUUGUGAAUGGGAAGGGGCCUGAAGGUUCCACUUGAAGCUUCUGAAGUAAAGCAGUUAGGUGGGGCUUUCCCCUAGGCAAUGGGAUGCAGCUUCCAGCGUGAGCUGACUUGCAGUUAUAUGACUAUAAAUAUGUUCCACAGGAACAAGUACUGCUGCCAUGGUUAAGAGUGUCUUCAGUCAUUGCUUCUUUUUCUCCUUUCUUGCUUGCAGCACGAUUGCUGAUACAAGGACAAAAUAUGCUGAAAAUUUCUUUUAUACUCGUAAACAAUCACACGUUUGUAAAGAUUGUGGUCUUCCCCUGUCUAGGUAUUCAGGUCUUUUGGAUGCCUUUAGUAAUUUGCUGAUUACUGUGACUAGCUCUUCACAUGUGGCAGUCCAACUUGCUGUUUCAUGUAGGUGCUUCUAGUUGAGUGCUUGUAUGUUUUCUGGUAAAGAUGUGGGUGCAAACAAUAGCUUUAUGGUACUCUUUGAACAGAGGCAACAAGUUUACCACGGAGCAUAGGCUGAGGUGUUAGCCAGGUCACUCUGACCCAGCCUUUGUAGAAAGAGCUUAGCUUCAGCACAUGUUUUCACUUGGCUCCCUGUGGAAACCAGGACAGUUCUCCUGUUUCCACCACAGUGAAUUUCCUGUUGGUUUUGCCUGUGCUGGCUCUGUUAGUGAAUUCUCCUGUCUUUCAUCAGCCUUACCUUUGCCUUUGUCUCAGAUAACCUAGAGCUGUAGUUGAUUUUGCUGUAGAUUACCUUAGCUGGAAAAUCAAAGACAGCACAAACAGCAGGUUUGUAUUACUAAACUCUGUCAUAAAUCAUGUUUGAAGAUGUGCAUGUUUUGCACAGAUGUUUUUGGGGGAGGGUUUGUUCCCUGAAUUGAUUGAUGAUCCUAUCCAGAGCUUUGAUACAUGAAUGUUAACUCUAGGUGCUUACUGUUAAAUAUAUUGAAUACUGCCCUUUUAAAUCUGACAUAUCAAAACAUUUCUUGCAUUUCUUUCUUUGGAAUCUAAACAAUGUUUUCAGCCCCAUCAGGUACAUCAAAGAACAAGUGGCCUUACUCUGUGUAUCCACUGCUGUUCUAGCCCACGUUCCUUGGGAACUGCUGCCAUUGAGACAGAAUGCUGGGCCAGCUGCUAAACCUUUCUGUGAUUGUAAUGCUUCUUAGGCCGCACAAUUUCCUUGUGUCAGCAGCAGUGGGUGACUGCUUUAAGACUUAGUUGCCUUUUCAAAUAGUGAAACAUAUGGGGCAGUGGUAGGAUAGAAACAGCCAUGGAAAGUAGGGAUUUGAAUGCCUUUGUAUCUUUCAGAUUGGUUUGGAGCUGCCUGUUAAUUUUCCCCCCAGGAAAACAAGGCAGUAGUUCAAACUGCAACCAUGGAAUGAACUUAUGUUAGUUCCAAAUAUGUACUUCUUAGCACCUCUUCCUGAGUCUGUGCUCUCCAGCCUCUGGCUGAGUCUCAGACACAUUAGCCAUUUCACAGUUCCUUGUUCCACUACUUGACAGGAAGCUGUCAUAUAGAAAAGUCAACCAAAGGCUGCUUCCUACAUUGCAGGCUCUGGUGUAGCUGAUGCUAUCUGCAAUACCAAGCAUUUGGCAUCUUUUAUUUAGUACCUGAUGUGCACUGGCUUCCGUGCCUGUCCUUUAGGGAGCAACUUCUAACUAGGCCUUAAAUCAGUUAAAUUCUGUUAAAUUUCUUGCAUUUCUUUCUUUGGAACCUAAACAAUGUUUUCAGCUCUUAAAGUAAGGUAGAUCUGAGCAUUUCUCUGGGACAGAAGGGGAUUUGGAACCAAAUGAAGAACAUGCAGUUACCAAUAAACAAGUAUUUUGUCACUUCAUUGUGUGCUAUAGAUGCCUGCUUUUAUAAAUUGGUCAGUACUCUAUUUCACUAUAGAUACACUGGUGAAUUUUAUGGUCUGAAAUGGGAAAAAUUGCACAUAUAUUUUCCAGCUUUCCAUACAUGGGACUGUACUCAGGAGCUGUGACAUCCUGCCCAAGGCUGCACAUGAGACAGAUGCCUCUUAUCCCUGGGGAGCGGUAGGACAGUAGCAAGAGCUCAGCUUAAUGCCUUUUUGUGGGCAACAUUCCAUGAUGUUCUGUACCACACUGGGAUUCUGUUAUGUUCUUCAGCAAUAUUGUAAAUAUAAUUAAAUAUUCAAAUAUUUUAAAUAGUUAAGGCUAUUUGUAGAAAAACAUAGUCAUUCCCCUUGAACGAGUGAUACUCUUUAUGUGGAGAAAUCAUACCCUCACUUGUGUAUUUCUAGUGAGCGCAUAAAACACCCUUCAUGUACCAGACUGCCUUGGCUGACAGAGGAGGGGACUCCAGCUACUACAGACAUUGCAAUUCUGGGUGAGCUGGACACAGUGACCUCUCGGCCAGGAUGUUGUGUGUCUGCGGCAUUCAUCGCUGAACUUCCAGACUGUAAUGCUUGCAGAGCCUCUUGGCCAGCCCUCACUCAAGAGUGACUUCUAUGUUUGGCCAUUUACAGUUCAGAACUCUCCUCUGAAACAUAUACAGUUUGGGUGGGAUCUGCACAGUGUGGGAAUGUGGCAAUGUCCUUGAUAAAUAGCACAUUAGCAAUGAAGUAUUGUCUUUCCUUUGAGCUGCAGCCAACAGUAGACUGCAGUAUAGCUCCAGUUUGCAACUGUGUGUGUUACCUCAUUGCUUUACCCAAAACUGACGGUUUGUAGCUAAACACUUGGGAUAGAAUUUUAUCAGAGUUGCUGCUUCAGUCUGGGAAGGAAAAUUAUGGUGUCCAUAGCAAGCUUAGCCUAAGAAGUGGUUAAAGGAGGAUUUUGCAUGCUUUAGUGAGUCAUGUGUGGUUCUAGGCAUAUGUGUUGCUUAGUCACUAGAUAUGUCACUGUGUCUGUCCUGAACAAGAUCUCACAGCUCUAGUGAGCUGGCCAGCUGCAAUGUGUCAUCCCUCCUGAUCCUCAUGUGUACCAGUUAACCCAGAUCAUGCAUGUUUUUUCCCCUGUGAAGACUGCUGGCAAUUGUACAAAACCUUUUAAGCUGGCACGGUCUGAUACUGUCCAUCUGUUGCAUCACACCCUGCAUUGCACUUUCAAUGAAAAAGAUUAAUGUCCUCCUCUCUCUUGGUGUUUUAAGCAGCAUUAUUGUGAGUUUUUAAAAUUAUUUAUACAGGCUAAUCAGACUUGGAAUAUCCAAAGUACUUUCUUGGGGCUUGUCUAGUGCGAGAAGAUAUAUAAAGUAGUGACGUGUGGAGACAAUUACUUAAGCACUAAAUGAGUAACUUCUGUAGUAUGUUCCCUGGAAGGCUGUCAGAGUUGCUUAUGUACAAUAUAUGAUCAUACUGAUGUAUGGAUGUCCAAGUAUCUUGGCUACCUGGGUGAUUGUGUAUUGGAGUUGGCCACCCAGUGAAUUUCAGCUUGAAGCUUUGCUGAAACGGUGUAUCACUUCCCUUUGGAAAAGGUGAUGGAUUAAAUGUCAUUGAGACUGGAAUUUUCCAUUUUUUCUUAAGGCGCAAAGACAAGUCACAGCAUCCUGGCUGGGGGAGAUUUGGCCACAUGUAAGCUGUUUCUGUCGUUACUGGUUAUCAGCUGUGCAAGAAGUGGACUGGGUAACAAUUCAUUGCUGGCCAAAAACUGGUGUCUAGAAGCCUCCCAGCAGGCUAAGCUGGCUGCCUAGGCUCUGCCCAGUCGCCACUCCUCCCUUUGAACACAGUUGGUGAGCAGGAAGAGGCAGGUUUAAAUUAUUGGGCUAAAUUAGUAGCCCUGAUUAUUUUUGUAGUUUUAUCUUGCUUCUGGGAAUUAAGACAGUCUCAUGUUGAAUUUGCUCUUCCUUUCUUUCAAGUUCCUUAUAUUGCUAGCUGGACAACCUCUUCUUCCUCAGGCAGAUCGAAAUACUCUUCAUAGUCAGCAAGAAUGCAGAAAUUGGCUUUACUUAUCAGCCUCUCUAGGUCCAGCUGCCUUCUAAUUCUGGUGUCUUACCUACUGCUUUCAUCCCUCCUCCUACAUAUACAGAUAUUAGAAAUAGUAGCUAUGCUGCCUUUGGUUUCUCCGUGACUCCUCCUCUGCUGCUUGCUUGGGUGUGUGCUAUGUGCCACUUAAGCCAAAACCACAGACUGCUCUGUGUCCAGGUGUAUCAGAAGCCCAGGGGCCUGCUGAAGUAAUGGGAACUUGUCGCUAUGCCAGGUUUUUCAUGAAGAUCAUAAAAAUGAUGGCUUUUUCUCCGAAGUCUUGUCCUGCAGACUUAUAUAAAUGUGUGCUCUACUGUGACACUGUUUAACGUCCUGGCUGCUGGGAGAAUGUGCUUAGGCAUGAAGGGCAACACAAGUCCAAGUGUGAGCUGCCUGCACUAUUGUCCACUUUCAGGCUUCAGUCUGUAUUUUACAAGUCUCAAUGCACUGUGUGCAGUUUUGGCCUGCCUAGUACAAGACAGAUGUGGUUUAGGGAAUGCAGUGAUGGGCCACAAAGGUGAUAAAGAGACUGGAGCAUCUGUCACAGGAGGAGGGGCUGAAAGAGCUGGAGCUGCUCAAGAAGGUUCUGGGAGAUCUGGCCAGUGUGCUCAAGUCCCUGCUGGGAGGAAGCAAGGAUGAGGGGGCCAGAUUUUGCUCUGGACAGGAGGCAAUGGGCAAAAGAGAAACCACACAGAAUUCCAGCUGAACACAAGGACAUACAUUUUUCCUGUGAGGGGUCAGAUACUGGGACAGGUAGCCCAGCGAUGCUGCAGAGUCUUCAUCCAUGGAGAUGUUCAAACUCUGCUCUGUACUCUGCCUUCUGCUCCAUGUUGAUUCUUCAGGGUUAUUUGUUUGCUAAGCAAAGAUGCCAGGCUUGCAGAGCUAGUGACUUCAAACUGUGACUGUGAAACCUGCUCAGCAGGAAACCAGGGCAGCUGUAAUACGCCAUCCCGAUGUAGGUGUAUAGCCACAAUACACCCAGCUACAGUUGGGAACUCACAGUAGCAAAGGAAUAAGUGAUUUUGAGCCAGCUGGUAGAGACCAGCAGGGGCAUAGACGUGAAUGCCAAGAGAGUGAAGACUGGCAGAGUCAGCAUGGCACAGACAAUAGCAAGGACACCUCUCAGUCUAACACGGUGGUGAAGGGAAUGAACAGAAAAUCUCUUCCAGGGGACCCUGCUUCCCAUGGGUCCUAGUGGCACACGGGGCUGUGCAAAGUGGGCUGGCAGGAGUGGCAGUGACACGGCCUUUCCUUGGCUGUUAGUAGUGUAGCGGACCAGCUGUUCUAUCUCUUGCUGAGACUUCUGAACUGAGAACUGAAGUGUUACUAGGUGUCUGGCACUCAAGCGAAACCCCAGGUUUUAACAAAGGGGAAGGGAAAACAUUGUUAUACCAUGAUAAUUAUGGAAAUAAGGAAUGGAAGCUGUUUGACAAAAUGGGGCCUGAUUGCAUGAAAGUUGUCUUUUCCCACUUGCAAAGCUUAUCCCAGUCCUUUCUGUUUUUGUCUCAGGCUUCCCAAAACACACAGCCAUAUACCACAGGUUGAUGCUACAAUAGCACAAUUACAGGACAGAGGUAAAACCAGGGGACUGUUACUUCUUGUAAUUUAAGUCAGGUUAAGGUGCGUCUCGCAGUUUGCAAGGAUAUAAAGGACUCCUCGUUCAGCUACAACAGGUGAAAUUCUGUUUGAGGGGGCUGUAGUGGAUGUUUCAAAAAAUCAGGAGCAAGUUAUCGGCAAGUGCUUCAUGUUUUGGGUACUCACAAUUAAUAUGCCAAUUGCUACAGAGAGAAUGAGGGAGCUGUCGUAAACUGCCCCAAAAAAUGCAAGCAGCUGCCUGCUGAUUUUAACCAGAAUAUUUAUCCUGGAUAAACUUGCUUAAAAUAAAAUGAAGCCAAGAAAAAAAAAAAAAUUAGUAUUCUUGAUCUGGUUAUUUUGAUAGAAAGUAAGUUUGAGCACAAGCAUAUGGGCAGGAAGGGUUUGAAUGAGAGGAUGUGUAAACAAGGUUGGUUCUGUCUGGUUUGUACUACCAAGCCCUUGGUGGUUUACUUUCUUUUUAAUUAAUGUGCACCACAGAGGAGCUGGUAUUUUCAGACACUUUGAAGGCAAGUCAGCAAGUGCAGAGUGAAACUGCAGGUUAAAGUGGAGCAUGUGUUUCCUGUAUCAGCAAAGCUCACAGCUGCAGCAUGUCCAAACUACAUGGGUGAAGUUUUGACAUCCUCUUUUAAGAGGCUAAAUGCCUGAUCAGUUAAAGGGGGUGAAUGCUGAGGGGCAGGACCAUGGUUUAAAAAUAAUAUAGCAGCAAGAAAAAUUUAUAUUGAACAUCUACAUUUGAGAAAUACCAGGAAUUGCACAGUAAAUUACUUUAAAAAGACCCUAGUUACAGCAAAAAACAAACCAAAAAUACCACCCUGUCAAAUUGUUAGGGACAUGCAGAAAUUUUAUUAAAUUUCCUCAAAUUCUUUAUAGAAUUUACAGUAAUUCAGUUUAACAGCUUUCACAGAGGUUUAUUUAAAGAUCUUAAAUUUGAUUAAAACUGGUUUGAUUUGAUUAAAAACUUAAAUUUGAUUUGGCGAUUUGCCUAUCUGUAUGGCUGCUUCCCAUCAGUUGUCAUACUGAUGACAUUUCUUCCCUCCUGAUUUCACAGUGGCUUCUUUCAAAUCACUAAUGAAAUAGUACCAAAAUAAUUUUAUUUAUUUUACUGCAGGCCUUACCUAAUAUAAAAGUUCAUCCUCAUAAUGUGACAGAGGCUGCUACAUCAUCCACAAAGGGCAACAAAGCAGCAAAACAAGUCUGUGGCAGAACACCAGAACAGAAGCAGGAGUCUCAAUUUAGAUAGCCAGGUUGGUGCUUUCUUUUAAGCAAAGGCAAGCAUUAAAAAAGAAGUCUGAAGCUUUCCCCAGAUACAAAGGCUUCCUCUUGUACAGACUCAGGCUGAGCAAGCCCAGUUAUAUUCUGGACACAACAGUGCGGCAUCUGCAGGGCAGAGCUGCCCCAAGCAUGUGACAUUGACACCCCACCCAGCUCAGGAGGCACCCACUUUGUUGGUCUGUCACGAAGGUGAAAUGUCUAUGGACUGUUUUUUAAAUGGAGUAUUUCUUCCCAUUCUCCCAAAUCCUUCUGAUCCUCCUUUGGCAGUGUUUGAAGCUUUAAAUAUUGGAUGAGUAAUUUUCCUUUAAGGUUUUUUUGCAGUCUUUCAGAAGACUUUGAAGGGAAAGAAGGGUCAAAGAGUCCUCAAACUUUUAGGUGUCAAAGGCAUGCUUCUCCACAUUUCACGAGUGGAAGGAACAAGUCUUAUUACUCCUGUAUUUCCUAGUCCCUCCAAAACUGAGGCCUGCAAGGCUUUGUCCGCUUAUGUCAGUCAAUGGGCCACAGCCAUAGAACAGUACAUGGUGUCUGGCACAAAGGGGGCAAUACAGUUGUGGAAGAACAUGAUAGUGAGGACCAGGAGCCAGUAGGGAACGGGAAGGUGCUGUAUGUCCUGAAUGUGCUGCAAAGAUAAGAUGUGCCCUCACUCUCCACGAAAAUAGCCCAGCUUCACACCAGUGUUACUUUCUGCAAGCCACUGAAGAGCACAAGAGAUUUAAGAAGUGAUGGCAGUUAAAAGGGAAGUAAAAGGCAGCUCCAUAUACCUCUAAGUGAAAUUUGAGAUGUACUGACUCUAAAACAUGCCUUCUGUAACACUAUCCAGUAAAAAAAAAAAACAAAAAAGCUUUCUUAUUUUUGUAAAGGUUCUGGCUGCAAGAGACUGUUUUGAGCAGGCUUUGUUAAGAGUCCACUGCACAUCCUUAAGUGAAACACAACAGAAAGGUACAGUAUAAACAGGAGUCAGAACACAACUACAGAAACCAGUUGAGAGUACUGUCAUGAGAAGGAACCCAUCUAAUAGAUCAAGGUGCAUAAAAAUUGCAGACUGAAGUUGCUUGUAAUGCUUGUUCCUAGGCAGAAUGCAAGGAGGAAUUGAAGUUAAGGUCUAGGAAGAGAACAGUACUGUCCACAUUAGCUAUUUCCUAUCCUGAAUCCUGUGAGCCAGAAGGCAGUUCAGAGGGAGGCUACCAGCUAGUUUUGUGCACAGUAUGCUCCUCUGAGCCACCUACAGUCAAAAAGUAACUGGCUCAGAAAGCUGCUGCCAGUCUGAGUAACACCUGAGCUCCCUAGAAGGCUCUAGGCAGGGAACUCUUGGCUGGUGGCUCACAGAUGCAAUCUUAGCACUGCUCUGCAGGGUUGACCCAAGGGGUGUGAAUGCCCUCUCCUGGCCAAGACUGGCUCCUGUUGCUCCAGUGGCAGUGCUCCUGCACCAGGGAUUUCCAGGAUAGAGAUGGGGAAAAAAAACAUGUACAACUUUUUUGGAUUCUUGCUGGAUAAUGCCAUCCAAGCCCAGCUACCCACUUUAUCAAGUACACUGAUUGUAAGGGCUGAAACAAACCCCAGCACACAGAGCAUGUUCCCUGGGAAAAACAAAAAGUAUUAGAAAUUCCUGGGAGUGGAGAGCACUGAACGACAAAACCCACUGCAUAUAAAAUGCCGAAUUCUCCAUGACUCCUAAGCCCAGAUUCUCUUCAAACAGAGUAGGACCCUUCACCUUGCACCACCCUGUCACAGUCCCUGAGCUCUGCCCACUGAGCUCCCAUGGCUGCAGGCCAGUGAGGCUAAAGCCACCUGAGUCUCAGGCAGAACUCAGCUGGCCUGUGGCUAGAAUGCUCCUGAUCUGCAGCAGAACUGUGCAAUAAACCCAAGAUAAAAGCAAAGGGAAACCCAAGAUAAAAGCAUUGGGAAACUUACCUGGUCCGCAGAGCAGGGGAGGCAUAUCAGGGCCGUACAGGAAGCUAGGCUGUACCUCUUCAUUUGUGUGACCUGUUGCAGUUACCCCAGCAGUCUGGUCUGUGAGCACCAGCAGCUCCAGAGUAGUGAGUGAGUCUGUUUAUUGCUGCCUACACCAAAGCAAGUUUUACAGUGGUCAUCUGCUGCAGACAUCCUUCUUAGAAGGAGUUUUGUACACAUUUUGUUUUCCAGCGAGCCAAAACAGCUUCUGAGAUGAAUGCACGCUUUGUCUGAUGUAUUGACCCCUUUGUGGGCUACAGAAGUCACUGUGCUGUGCUUGUAAAUGCUGCAUGAGCACAAAACUUAAAUGUCAGACAGGAUGCGAUGCCCUAUGCUCACCACAGCUUUCUCUCUGAGAGCUGGAAUCAGAGGACACUAAUCAGUUUCAGCUUCUGCAAGAGAUUAAUCUCUUUUCAGUGGGUCAUGGCUAAUACUGCCUUGUUUUAUAAAUAACACUUUUCUAUAGUCACUGAAGCAAGUCUCCCUAACAUCACCAUUCCAGCAGACUACUCAUGUGCUGUAUAAUCCUUUCCUUCCACUUGAGACAGAUCUUGUUUCACUGCACCAAAAAGAGGAGAGAAACUCAAAUCUUAUAAAGCCCCAGAAUAGAUUCACACUAAAAAAUGUGCAAUUCAGGUUCUUCUCACAGUAAUUUGAACAUGUGGUUUCAAUCAACCAUGUGCAAGGCAUCUUCUGCUGGGACCAGUACAGACACUGCUGCAGAAUCAGCAGGUUCUGCUGGCCAAAGUACAGAAUGAUGAACACAUUUCGUUCCUGUCUCUUUCACUCCGAAGUCUCUAUUCCAUGGGAGUUCUCCUAUAUUAAGUACUGACUGUCUGUGAUUGUAGAUGCUAAAAUAUGCCAAGAAAACUAAGCUGUCAGGCUGACACUAGAGAAUUAGAGUGCAUUUUCUGGCAUCAGUGUAGAAAACACCACUCAUUGCAUACAGAAAGCAACAGGAAAAACUGGAAGAUCAUGUGCCAUUUCCUGCUUACCUCACUACUUCUUUCAGGUUCUUUUAAUCAUUGGACAAAACAAGCUGGCCUUGGUCUAGAAAACACCAAAGAAAUUCACCUCCCUAGAGUGUCCAUUGCAUUCCAAACCUUGUCUCAAACUGCUGGGUGAAGAAGAAAUUGAGAACACUCCCAAGAUGGGAGAAAGACAAGAGUCAAUCCAAAUGCCAGUGCCAGCUCCUUCCCCUUGAACCAGAAAAUUGUGAUAACGAUUCUGCACAACUUACAGAAGAGAAGAAUCCUCUCUUGAACAGACAGGCUUGACCAAGAGCAUGGCACAGAAAUAACAGCUCUCAAGCUGGAGAGCUCACGCUAGAAGCUGCUCCAUGCAUGCCAAGAGGAGGCAUGUGCCAGAGAAGGUAUAUGCUAGCCUUACAGUUCAUUUAAAAAUGUAGUAAAUCAUGCAGAGGCAUGGGAGAUGAACUUAUUCAUCCUCUAAGGCAAGCAAAAAUAAUUUCAAAGGCAGAGAAAUCACAUGUCAGUGACCACCCUUAAGAGAAGGACAAACUUGUUAGAGGGGAAGACUUAAAACAUUCCAGCACGCAUUAAAUUAAGGAGCAGUGGUCUACCAACAACACAAGUCACUGGGGAAGAGCAGGUGAAGCCAACUGGUAGGACAAGGGUCCAGAAGGCAAAAGUGUAUCAUGACCCUUUUGUGAGAUGUAAAUUAGAAAAUAUGAAAGUAUAUAAAUGUGAAUUCCUUACUACUAAGUGACCCAUUCCCAGAACCAAAGAGCUAUUAACAUCAUUGGGAGGAGGUAUGGAAAGCCCUUGAAGCAAGCUCAAAGCAAAGAUGGGUGAUCCCAGCACAGUGAGAAAAGAAAGCAAAAACACCAACUAGGAAUAAACAGAAAAAAUGCACAAACCUCAAAAGACAUGCUUAUGUCAGGACAAAGGCAUUCUGUGUCGAAAAGCUAAAGAACAACCUUAAAACACACCAAUAAACCUCAUCAGUUUACUCUGUGCUUUCAAUUUCUUGAAGACUAGUCUCUUUUUAUAAAAUGACUUGGCAAUCAUCGAAAUAAUGAUGCUAUUAUCAAUGGUGGGAGGUCAGAGGGACAGGUAAGUGGCAGGGAACUCUCAAGAGUACUCUAUAUAAUCUCUGACUCUGCCCUGAGCUCCAUUGCAGACUAUGACCUAGAGAACAUGAUCUCCUGUGUACCUUUCCUAAGACAUUUACCUCUGUGAUACCUAGUGAGAGGGACUAAUCUGAUUUUUAUUUAUGCCUCAACAUAUGUUACUCAUAAAAUAGAAGAUUCCUAUAAGGGCUGUACAUGUGCUGGCAGCCCUGUCCCUGGGAAGGCUUUGCCUGGCAGCCAGUCAGGGCAGAGAACGCUUCCACGAUCUCCCCCUCCCCCACACUUGCCGGUGGGACAAAUGCCCAGAUGCCUGGAAAGAAUGCCCAGGAAACUGGGCUAUGGGAGGAGCUUUUAGCACAUAAAAGCAGUUAACUGUGACACAAUGAGAGCCAUUAUUCUUUGGGUUUCUUGGAGGAAGCAGGGCCUCACCUCUAGGGUCUCUCCCCAUCUCGGUUUCUCAUCCUGGUGGUCCUGCUUCCCUGUCCGCACCUGCUUUGCCCUGCUUCACCAUUUCCAUGAACCAGCUCAUCGCCACAACAACUUCAUGCUCUGCUGCCUCCCCAGCAGAGCAGGUGCUGCCACAGCCAGCCGCCCCUGCCGUGUUUCCUGGGCACAGCAGUGGCUACUGCUGCUUGCACCCAGCUGCAACCACACCUGCCACAAUAUCAACCCGUGGCGACCAGCCUCUACCCGCCACUUGCACCGAGCCAUUCACAAGAGCUGUGCAAGGCUCGCUGCAGCUUGCAGCCAACACCAGAGGCAUGCUGCCACUUUGAAAGCCCCACCAAGCCGCCGCUAGAGGCACGCAGCUCGCUGUGGCUUGCAACACACAGCACCAUUUGCCUUGCUGAUGCUGACAGAAUGCUAGAGUUCUUACGGUAACACUGUCCCUGUCUUGUUUCUCUCUCUGUCUCUUUCCCUCUCUGCUCGUGUUUCUAUCUCCUUCAGUAGGAACACUCCUUUACCAAUAAACAGUUGUCAGAUA